AUGGAGACAGUGGUGAUCGUUGCCAUUGGGGUGUUGGCCACCAUUUUUCUGGCCUCUUUCGUCGCCCUGGUGGUGGUGUGCAGACACCGCUACUGCCAUCCUCACCACCUGCUGUACCCCUUCGACUCCAAACCCACAGUGGAUCUGAUUGGAGCCAUGGAGACCCAGAGUGAGCAGUCGGAGCUGGAGCUGGACGAUGUGGUCAUCACCAACCCUCACAUUGAGGCCAUCUUGGAGAACGAGGACUGGAUCGAGGACGCCUCUGGAUUGGUCUCUCACUGCAUCUCGAUCCUGAAGAUCUGCCACACUUUGACUGAAAAGCUAGUUGCCAUGACAAUGGGUUCAGGGGCAAAGGUCAAAGCACCGGCCAGCCUUAGUGACAUCAUCAGUGUGGCCAAACGCAUCAGCCCUCGGGUGGACGACGUGGUCCGGUCCAUGUACCCUCCUCUGGAUCCAAUCCUCCUGGAUGCCAGGGCCACCGCUCUCCUUCUCUCAGUCAGCCACCUGGUGCUGGUCACCCGCAACGCCUGUCACAUGUCUGGCAGUAUGGACUGGAUCGACCAGUCGCUCAACGCGGCCGAAGAUCACAUGGUGGUUUUGCGCGAGGCAGCGCUGGCCUCCGAACCGUAUCGAAGCCUACUUGGAGCUGACGUACAGAGAGAACAGGCCAUCUAG